AUGGCGCCAACCUUUGCAGACGUGGUGCCCAUCAAACGCAUAUCCUCCCACCAAUACUCCAUCUCGCUCGAGCAUGAAUGGUGCAUCGGCACAGUCCCAAAUGGCGGCUAUGUCACCUCCGCCUUCCUCGUUGUCGCGCGAACACAUAUGUCGCAAACGCACUCGACCCGCUCUGAACCCGACGCUGUAAACCUCCAUCUCGAGUUCCUACGCCGCACUUCCGUCGGCAAUGCAAUAUUCACAGUCCAGGACGUCAAACUCGGGUCCCGCAUCUCCAACUUACACAUCACGCUCUCGCAGCCCAAACACCCGGGUGACCAGAACCUCGAAGACAAAGCCCAAGGCUACAUCACGAUGAGCAACAUCGCGGCCGAAGAGGGCCUCUCGGUCGACACACAAUACACCCUCGCCUCGCCUCCAGCCCUGCCCGUCGACCUACGCGCCCUGGCCGCCCACAGCCUGGAUGAAAACUACACGAUCCGCGCGGCGGACCCAUUCCCGGAGUUCCGCCGCGCCGCGCAGAACAUCCAGAUGUUCCUGGUGCGACCGGACAGGAAGGACCCAUCACGGCCGAAAUCCAUCAACGACCAAUGGGUCCGGUUCAGCCCCAACAAGGUCCCCAACGGCCGCUGGACCAACGACGCGCUGGGCUUCCUCGUCGACAUGUUCCCGCAGAUCGUCGAGCACUACAUCAACCCAGAAUCCGAAGAGGCAGCCAUGAGCCCGCAGUCGCAACAGCGGCGCAAUGACUUCAUCAAGAAGUCCAAAGCCGACGGCCACCGCCCCUUCUGGUACCCGACCCUGGUAUUGAACUUGGAUGUCAAGAAGCUGCUCCCCAACGACGGCGUCGAAUGGCUGUUCGUCCGCGUCCGCGCCAAGAGGAUCAAGAACGGCCGCUUCGACCUGGACAUCGAAGUUUGGGACGAGGCAGACGAGCUGGUCGCCACCAGCACACACGCCAGUUUGAUCGUCGAUGCCUCGCGGAAUCUCGCUGGGCGGCCCAGACAUAAACCGACCACGAAUUCCGAGCCGAAGCUUUGA